AUGAUGAAUAUAUUAAAAAACGUAAAAUUAGGAAAAGCCUUCUUUAACACCUUGAACGUAAUGAAAAAAAAUAAUUUUUCAACAAAAGAAAAGAACUACGAAAUAUUUGAAAAUGAAAAUUUUCUAAUUAAAUUUCAAGAAUUAAAAAUGAACAAGAUAAUAUAUAAGAAGGAUUAUAACGAAUAUUUAAAACUGUACAAGAUGUAUAAUCCGAAUUAUGUCAAGCUAACUACAGAAAAAAACAAUUCCUUUAAGUUUUCCAUCUGUUGGAUAAUCAAUGAUAAAACUGUACAUGUGAAUAAUGAAGAGACUAAAAAGAUUAAAGCCUUUACUGUUACCCUAUGUAAUUUAAAAGAAAAGCUGAGCAAACUAGGGGAAAAUUUAAAUCAAGCAGAAGAUGACUUUGUAAUAACUGCAGAGGGAGGGAAAGAGAGUGAACAUGGAAAAAGCUUGAGUAACAUUGUAAGCAAAAGUGGACAGGAUGAUAUAGGUAAAGGUGAAAAGAAUGCAAACUAUGUAAAUAUAACAGGCAACGUGAACAAUAGAAAUGGCGUACAUGGCACAAAUGUAGCACAAAAGAAGGAGGGAAAACGAAUAAAUUUAUGCAAAAGGGUUAAUCAUAAGUACAGGGGCCAUACAGUGGACACUUUGGAAGAGAAAACCUACACAGAAGUAGAUUCAAAUUGUGGACACAUCCCCCCCCGUAUCAAUUACAGCAAUUUCGAAAUACAUGUAAAUAAGAGUGUAAUAAUGAAAGAAGAGGAAAAAAAGGAAACCAGAAUAAAUUAUGUAAAAAUGGCAAAAUUGUGGGAAUUAUUUUUAUUUCAUAAAGAAAAUAAUAAUGUGAAAGAAGAAAAAGUAUAUUUUGAAAUUUUAAAAAAAUUAUUUUUAAAAGCCUCUUUUUUUGAAAAAAAUAAAAAAAAAGAUUUCCAAUUUUUUGAAAAUAUACUAACUUCGUCACUCCUAAAGCCGGAUAUAUUUAUUAGUGUCUUAAAUUUACUUUAUUCAAUUUUUUUUAAUUCAUCAUUAAGUACAAAUAAUGAUAUUAUGAAAAAUGGGAACCAAGUUAAGGGUAGUUGUAACAGUAGUAAUCAUCCUAUUGUAAGUAGCACUGUGAACGGGGCAAAAAUUAAUUCAUGCAGUUGUUUAGUGGAUGGAAAUAGUAUUGUUAAUAGGAAGGAUGUGUAUACAUACAGAGAUCCAGCCAUUACUAAUGUACAUUUUAAACAAAAUAAUAUAGUAGUAAGUGCUAAGAGAAAAAAUAUAAAUGAUACAAUAAAACUUACACACAUUUCUGAUAGCCAACAUGAGUACAAAAAUAGGUCCACUGAAAAUUUAUUACUUAAUUACGAUAUGAUCAGCAAAAUUAGGAGGUACAUACUAAAGUAUUUAUUUAACACUUUCUAUGAAAAACAUUUAGGUCUAAAGAGCCUGCAUGAUACCUUCGAUAUGCAUUACUCAUACAAGUUGAAAUACUGCUCAAGGGAAAAUAAUCUGUUCAAGUUUGUUUCCCUAAACGGGGUUGAAGCGGAAGCUAAAAAUGUUUUAUUGAUUAGGUGUACCAGUAAGAGGAGUGCUGGUGGUACCAACUAUACUGGUAGUACUAGGUGUACUAGGUGUGAUAUUAGCCCUGGAAGUUGUAGUAUUAACGAAGGUACUUGCAGUUGUCGUUGUGAUGGUAGCACAAAGGAUACCUUUUUUCUAGGAUUAGUAAAAAAAGCUCAGCGGAUCAAUGAUUUGUAUGUCCUACAUUUGGAUGUAAAAAAAUAUAAGUUGAGUAAAUGUAACAAAGACAUUAUGUUAUAUGAAGAGAUGAACAUGAAUGAAGAUUAUUAUGAAUGCUACUUAAACAGUAGGAGUAAAAAUUGUACAAAAAUUCUAAAUGAAUAUGCGCAAAAGAAGCAGUAUGCUUCGUGUUCGUGGGUCAACAGUACGCCUUGCACAGAUAACAACAGUAGUAGUAAUUGUAAUAAUAAUAGUAAUAACGUGUAUGAAGCCAUCACGCUGACCGUUCAACUUAAUACCAUCUCGAAUAGAAUAAAAUAUUCCAUGUUGAACCUAUUCGAUAAAAAGGAAUUCUUAAAUAAGGAAAUUAUCCAAGUAUUAUUAAAUGAAGAAAAUGGGCACAUAAGUAAAGGGGAGUUAAAAAUAAACAAGUUUAAUAAAAUAUUAACUAGUGUAGGAGAUUAUAAUUAUUUAAUUGAAGAAGCCAUAAAUAAAUUCUUACAACACAGAAAAAAGGAAAUUAAUUAUUUUAAUGUAUCAGACAAUGAUUUGAUAAAAAAGGAUCAAAUAAUAAAUAUAUUGUACAAAAAAUUGAAGAAUGACCAAAAUGAAUUUACCAAACUGUGUAAUAUAUAUAAAAAAUUUGACAUAUAUCAAAAAAGUGUUUUAUACGAUAUCUUAGUUAAUGAGAAGCUGGUGCCCGUACACUUGGUUCACGGCGCCCCGGGAAGCGGAAAGAGCGACCUCAUUUCUUUCAUAAUAUACGUGUUGACGCUUGAAAAAAAGAACAACGUUUUUGUUGGAACGAGUAAACACAUAUCGGUGCAAAAUAUACGAAACAAAUUACAUCAUUUGAAUCUAAGCUUGAAUAGAGAUACCAUGAAUAGAAGAAUUCAUCAAAAAUCAGAUGUAUAUAUUGACACCAUAUAUCAAGCAUUUAAAAUAAAAGAAAAGAAGAUAAAACAUUUAAUUAUUGAUGAAGCUUCAAGUCUAUCAGAAUACAGUAGUUUGAUUUGUCUAAAUUUGAAUUGUGAUUAUAUAUACGCUUUUGGAGAUGACAAACAGUUAACAUUUCCAAGUGUUAUAAAUGAAAAGAAGAGAUUAGAAAUAAAUUAUUUAAGUAUAUUUGAAAAAUUAAAAAAGCAUAAAAACAUAAAGUGUCAUUAUUUGUUAAUACAAUAUAGAUUAAUUUUCCCAAUAUAUUUAUUUACAUCUUUUUAUUUUUAUAAAAAAAAAUUGAUUGCCUCAAAAAAUAUUGUAGAUAACUUUUUUCAUUCGCAUAUUAUGAACAAAUCCAUCUUUUUUCAAAUUUUAUCAAAUUACAAUUCUUCAACCAAUUUAAAAAAAAAAUUCUCACAAAAUGUUGGUAUCCCAAUUUUAUUUAUUGAUACAUAUGAUGAAGUAUUUAACCAUCAAACGUUCGAAGAAAAGAUUAAUUACUCUUAUAUAAAUCCAUUCGAGGCUCAGGUCAUUUUAAAAUUAACACAAAUUUUGACCUUAACAAGUCAGCAGAAUGUUGCUGUUUUGACACCCUAUACUAGCCAAAAAUUGUAUAUACAAAAAAUGUUAGAGGACAGCGACGCGUACAGAUAUAAUGAUAAUAACAGUGAUAAUAAUUAUUAUGAUAGUAAUAACAAUAAUUAUUCCAAUAACAGUAAUAACAAUAAUUAUUACAGUAACAGUAAUAACAAUAAUUAUUACAGUAACAGUAAUAACAAUAAUUAUUACAGUAACAACAAUAACAACAACAAUAGUAACAACAAUAACAACAACAAUAGUAACAACAAUAACAACAGUAGUAACAACAAUAACAACAGUAGUAACAACAAUAACAACAGUAGUAACAACAAUAACAACAGUAGUAACAACAAUAACAAUAGUAGUAACAACAAUAACAACAGUAGUAACAACAAAAAUUAUUAUAAUAAUAAUAGCACAUGCCACGAUAAUGAAAUGUAUCGGAAGAGAGAAAACUAUGAAAUGUAUGAAAAUAUUCUGUAUCAAAAAGAGUUUAAUAAUUCGUGCAAUAAAGUUCAAGUAGACAAAACUAUUACUACUACUGCUAAGAAACAGGGGCAUAUAUCGCCUCGUGCUAACCGUAGCUCUUAUACACACAUAUUCAAUUUUUUUAAAAACACAAAUAAGGAAAAUAGAUUAAAUGAAUCUAAUUAUCAUUCAGAAGAUAAAAAUGUAAAAUUAGAUGACCUGGAUAUGUGUAAUUCUAAUCAAUUUAUUACUACUGACAAAAUGCCCCAGCUAUAUUUCUCAAAAUGUAAGGGGAAAUAUAGUAACAAUUUAGCCUCGUCAGAGGUAAAAAUCCAUUUAAAAUGUAAAACAACAAAUAAUUGCAGUGGUAUGAAUAGUGAUCAUAAGAAUGACUUUUACGGAAAUAAGCUAAUUGAUUUGUUUAAUAGACCAAACGAUAAUGUAGUAUCAACUUAUAAUUCCGAGGACAGAGAAAAUUGCAACACUUUACAUAAAAAUGUGCAUACAAUUGACAGCUACCAGGGGUGCGAAAAUGACUUAAUUAUUAUAAGUACAGUUAGAUCAAAUGACAAAAAUAUUUUAGGCUUCCUAAAUGAUGAAAAGCGAAUGAACGUUUUGUUAACCAGAAUGAAAAAAGGAAUUAUUAUCGUUGGAAAUUCAAAUACACUAAGGAAUAAUUUUUUCUGGAAUGAAUUUAUAUCAUUUCUUGACUUCUUUAAUUCAAGAAAGUCUAUUUUGAGUUUUCCCCGCUUAAGCAGUUUCAAAUGA